CUCAGUGUUGAGAAGUAACGCGGUUAUUACAUGUCAACAUGUCACUUCUGAGAGUCCGUGCCUUUGUCAAAUGCCUGAACCGCCGCCGUUUGUUUGAGAAGUAUCCAGCUGGCGUGUCGUUUGAGGAUUGCUGUCAGCUCUGUGUGUCAGCGAGGAAAAGCGCAGUGAGACGAAUAUCAGAAACACCUGUGCAUCUUCAAAGAAGAAACGUGUCAUUUGUAUUUCCAAAGACAGAGGAUGCAAAGAAACGUGUGCUGGAACAGUCUCAGUUGUUAGAUGUUCUUGAGGCCCGGAUCCAGCAGCUCCAAUCUGACGUCGUUCUAGAUGUCCAACAUGCAAAAGUGCAGUUUGUCAAAGCUCCUUCCCAUGGAAAGGGUGUCCCCUCUGGGAGGGGUCCCAGAAUUCCACCCCAUGAGAAAACAGACAUUCCUAAAUCUGGACAAACGGUGGCUAAAGGAACCUCUAAAUCUCAGCCCAGCCGCUGGAUGGAAAAAUUAACUCAGGAGAGGAAAAACAAGCUCAAGAAACAGCAGCACAUCCAGCAGAAAACACAGAAAAGUGUUCGGGAGAAACCAACUGAAAAGUCUAAAGUUACUACAAGCAACAUAAUGCCCUCUGGCACAGCACAUAAAAUAAUAUCUUCAGCUGCUAAAAAGAACAGGACUCAACAAACAAAAUUGUCCGACAAAAUCCGUGCUGCAGUUUCUUCGCCAGUUACAGCAGCUGCAGCUGCAACAGCAGCACCAGCAUCAAAAUCGCAUAAACUGUCAAAACAGAAGCGAAAAGCCUCUAAACGUUAUCCUGCGGAAGAUGAACAGACUGCCAUUGAGCUCCAGGAGAGAGCGAAGGAGCUGGCUGAGGUGGAGGAGCUGGAAAAGAGGCUCAAUCUGCAAGUCAGUGACUGGACAUCUUCAAGUAGCGAAGAGCACCUGCAGGAAGGGAAUGAGGCAGUUGCAUGUGGAGACAUCCAGCUCAGCAUUUGCUCUUACCUUGAAGCUUGCGUCUUCGUGGGGGACAUCGAGCGAGCUCAACGUUUUCUUCUCAGCCAGCAUAGAGUGAUGAGCCGGCGCAGACUGCUAAACACGGGAGUUUAUAACAUCAUGAUGAGAGUGUGGGCCAAGAAGGGUACAUUAAAUCACAUCGGCCGCAUCUUCAUUCUGCUGGAAGAGGCUGGUCUGAAACCAAACGUGGGAUCCUAUGCUGCUGCAUUGGAGUGCAUGGGCCGCAAUCCAAACUGCUCCCCAAAAGUCAUUUCAAGGUGCCUGAACCAGAUGAAGGAGGACAGCCUGUCUGUGGAUGAUCUGUUCAGUCAGUGUGUUUUUCGGCAAGAUGAGCGGGACAUGCUGCUGAGGGCCAUACGUGUCGUUGAGCCCGACUAUCAGCCCAGACUCACUCUGGACAUGAAUCAGGGGUCUUCUGCUCUGGUUCAGGAUUUCUACGCACAGAGGGAAAACCAUACCUACCCCAAACUGGACUUCACUCAAGAGGAGCUUCAGGAUCGCUUUAAACGUCAGCUCAGUGUGGAGCAGGCCUGCACGGUCACCAUCGACUCUGUGGAAACUGCCAAACCUGUCACUGAAAACAUGGAAAAAAUGAGGAGGCUGUUGGCAGAGCAGCGGACACAGUGGCAGAAGGUCCUCCUCCAGGCCCUCAGGGACUGCAAGCUGAUCCUGGCUAAUACCAACACCAAGAGCUACAGGCUUAACCUUUAUCCCUAUCUAUGCCUGCUGGAGGAUAGGGAGUAUGUUGACAUCAUGAUACAGAGUGUUUCCAACCUGCCCCCAAGUGGAGAAUCACUGAAGAUUUUAGCCAGAGAUCUGGGCCACAGGGUCUUCACCAAGUACUCUGUGAGACAGAAGCACCAGAAUCAGACGGUGGAAAAGCUUGGCAGCAUUUACAGCAUGUACACUGAUUUGCUGGCCAAAGAUACCAAGGUGUACGACGUCCUUCCCAGAGAGCAGUGGUGCAAGCUGGAAAUGGAGCAUAGUUCAGGACCCACGCUGCAGGGUGGGGAGAUCAGCUGGCCGUAUAUAGUGACUCUGGAGCUGGGCACUUACCUGGUGGAUCUGAUGGUUAAGAACCUCAAAAUCAACAGCGACAUCCUGAACCCAGCCUUUGAACGGAAGCUCAUCCCUAUCCUCUACCACAUGUACACCUUCCGCAGCACGAGACAGAUCGGCUUCAUCAAGCCCCACCCCAUUCUGACACAGAUGCAGCAGGAGGCCACGGAAACCAAGCUGACCUUUGACUCCUAUGUGAUGCCAAUGAUGUGCCCUCCUGUGCCUUGGACUACGGUCAAGUUUGGAGCGUACCUCCUCACACCAACCAAGCUGAUGCGCACUGUGGACGGCGCCACACAGCACGAGCUGCUCUUAGAGAAAUGUCAGAACCUUCACGCUGUCUUCGACUCACUGAACCAGUUGGGAAACUGUGCCUGGAGGAUCAACAAGCCUUUGUUGGACAUCAUUAUCUCCAUCUUCAAUGAUCGUGGCAGUGAUAAACUAGACAUUCCUCCUCCUCUGUCGGAAGCUCCAAAAAUACCCCACUUCAACCCUCAAGAUCCAAACUAUACAGCGAGCCAAAAGGCCCAGCUCAAAAGAGAGGUGAUAAAUGCCAAAAAGAAAUGCAGUGAGAUGCACAGCUUGCGUAUGGAUGCUCUCUAUAAACUCUCCAUUGCUCACCACAUGCGGGACGAGAUCUUCUGGUUCCCUCACAAUAUGGAUUUCAGGGGACGCACAUACCCAUGCCCGCCGUACUUUAAUCAUCUGGGAAGCGAUGUCACACGAGCCAUUCUGGUGUUUGCUGAGGGUAAGCCCCUCGGUCCCAAGGGCCUGGACUGGCUAAAGAUCCACUUAGUCAACCUGACAGGGUUAAAGAAGAGGAGCUCGCUACAGGGACGGCUGGAGUACGCAAACACCAUCAUAGACGACAUACUAGACUCUGCCGACAAACCUCUGACUGGUAAGAAGUGGUGGAUGAAUGCAGACGAGCCUUGGCAGGCUCUGGCCUGCUGUAUGGAGAUAGCCAAUGCUGUGAGAGCUCCAGAUCCUGCAAAGUUUAUCUCUCAUUUUCCUGUUCAUCAGGACGGCUCAUGUAACGGACUUCAGCACUACGCCGCUCUUGGAAGGGAUGUUAUUGGUGCAAGAUCCGUCAACCUCAUGCCCUGUGAAUUGCCCCAGGAUGUGUACAGUGGAGUAGCGCAACAGGUGGAGGCGUUCCGAGCUCGGGAUGCAGAGUCUGGGCUGAUGAUCGCCAAGGUGCUGGAGGGCUUCAUCAGCAGGAAAGUGGUCAAGCAGACAGUGAUGACUGUGGUGUACGGGGUCACACGCUAUGGGGGACGCCUGCAGAUAGAGAAGAGACUGAAGGAGAUUGAUGAGUUCCCCAAGGAAUAUAUAUGGGACGCUUCUCAUUACCUGGUGCGACAGGUGUUCAGUGGCUUAAAGGAGAUGUUUACUGGAACCAGAGAGAUUCAGGAUUGGCUGACGGAGAGCGCCAGGCUCAUCUCCAAGUGUGGCCACACUGUGGAGUGGGUAACACCCCUGGGUUUACCCAUUAUUCAACCCUACCAUCGCACACGCAACCAAGUGCUGAAGAGCACCAUGCAGCACAUAAACCUGCAGAUCACCCAUGACACUAAAGAGAGACCAGAUACAGUCAAACAGAAAAAUGCCUUCCCACCGAACUUCAUUCACUCUUUGGACUCCACACACAUGAUGCUGACUGCUCUCCACUGCUACAGUGCUGGUUUGACUUUCGUCUCAGUUCACGACUGUUUCUGGACCCAUGCGAUCACGGUGGACAUCAUGAACAAGGUCUGCCGGGAACAGUUUGUUGCCCUGCACAGCCAGCCAAUCCUUCAAGAGCUGUCAAACUUCCUGCUACAGAAAUACUGCUCUGGACUCCCGACUGAAGCUAAGAACAAGAAGUACCAGGAGUACAGACGGCUGCUGUUGCUGCUGGCCAAAGUGCCACAGACAGGUGAUUUUGAUCUCCAGCAGGUGAAAGAAUCCACUUAUUUCUUCAGCUGAGAAGCUCACAAGGGCACGCCGGCAAAAAGAGAUGAGUGGAAUUGACAGGAGUGCAGCAGGGAGGCUGCCGGGGUCCCGACCAGCUCCCCCUCCUGCAGAUGUGCGGACAUUGAUUCAGUCGCGCCCUGCCUGCCUGCCUGCCUCUUGGUCCAGAAGCCGUCUGGAGCUGCCGGUGGUGCUCACAUACAGUGAACUCGUCUGAUUAACUGACUGGCGGAGUGAUGGAGAGGAGAGUCGGAUGCUCAUCCAGGCAAGAAAUGAGCGCAUCGACACUGGAUGGAAACGCUUAAACUUCAAUCACUGAAAUAGUACCUCUCAGAGGGCUGCUUUGACCUCGUAUAAACAUGUGUGUGUGUGUGUGUGUGUGUGUGUGUGCGCGCGUGCCUGUGCGUCUGUGUCUGCAUGUGUGUUCAUUAGCAGCGCCGAAUCACAUGUGACCUGUGUUGAUCCGUCCAUCAUUCAGAGACACUCGUUUGGAGAGAGCAAAAACUUUUUACUCGCAAACUGUAAUUGCUCCUGAUUGGCAGUCUGCUUUUUUUUUUUUUUUUUUUUUUUAUACCGCGAAGACCUCCGAGGAGCAGCGUCUGCCACUAUCCCACCUAAUCAUCAGCCCGUCACUCACCGAACGGCAGGAUGACUCCACGAGACAAUGCGUGAGGAUUUAAGCUUUUGAAGAAGCUUAAAGAGGGGACAUUUGAGAGGAAAUGAAGGCUGUACUUUACUGAAAUAGAGGGCACAGGACUCAAAGAAAGAGACAUGGGAGUGUUGUGUUCCAGAGAAUUCUUCAUUCUUACUUUUCAUGGAGCAACUAAAUACUUGACAAUUGCGCUAAAAUAAACGUGUUUCUUAAAAUGCCUCUUCAGUCAUUUGAUGGUUCAGAGAAUCACAGAUAUUCUUGGAGUGCUUUAACGGGAUGAAUGUGCCUGCCUGCUAUUUAGUCAUAUCUGCGCAUUCCAGUCCCAUUGUGUACGGCGAGAUGAAGGCCUUUUAGAUGAACCACAAAGGGUUUGCAGGCUUCACUAAUCAACUCAGAUCUUAUUUUUCUGGGCCAGUGCCGCAUCUAGAUGUAAAAAUAGCAGAAGUGCUAUCUGAUCAUUUGCUGGAAAUGUUACAGUAGUUUCAGACAAAAGGUGCCGUCAGCGUUCAAAGGCAAAUGUAGGCUCAGCUAAACAAAGCUGGCUGGGCGACGACAUGUAAUGAAAUGAAAAUAAUGUUUCAGGGGGCAAAUUGACCCCCGAUUAAGCCAUAGGUUUUCAUGAUUUGCAUGACAGCGAGUAAGCGGAGAGGGUUCUCAUAUUUUUGUGACGUGCAACUCUGGACUCUGAUCUGAUGUUUUCUAAUUUUUAUUUUUUGUCACCUUUCACUGCUUUGUUUUGAGGCAGAAAAUCGUUUUGAAGCUUUGUAUUCUCUGGCAGACGAGCCAGUAAUACCACUCUCAUAAACAUAUUUCCACACUGUCCAAGUGAACAAAAUGUUCUAAAAUUCCAUAUUUGCAUGUUAUAUUAGUCUAGAAUAUCACCUGAUACAUUCAGUGGUAAUGUUAUGAUUUUCGAUCACAAAAACAGUAAGGUAGGAGAUUGAACUGGAUAUAACAACAGAUGAACUUCUCCCGGCUUGUUCAUUGUAACUUUGGCCUUUUCAUCUCUGUUGUCAAUAUUCAGAGAAAAUCUGUGUGCACAGAUUAGAUCGGCUCUAUGCAGGUUUGUAAAUAUACUUUGUUUUAUAUUUAAU